AUGACUGGAUUUACACUUUCAAUAGAUAUACCACCAGGUGCAACAGUGUUAGAUGCAAAAAAGCAAAUCGGUACAAUGCGAUAUCAAGAAUUUGAGCCACUUCAACUUGUUUAUGGUGCAUCUAUACUUGAAGAUUCGACAAAAAUAGAAGAUAUCAAUUAUGCUCCAAAUACAUAUGUAGUUUUUCAUAACUUACGACGUCCAAAAUUAAUACAAAGAGAAAAAGUUGAGGAACCUCCUCAACGUCCUGAACCACAACCAGAAAUCAUAGAAGAACCACAACAGCCUGUUCAAAAUCCACCACCAGUCGAAGAACCGAUCCCAGAACCUGUUUCUCCAGCUCCAGAAACAGAAAAUCCAGAACCUAAACAUCAUGAAAGAUCCGCAAGUAAAAAGAAAGAAUACAACUUCGAUCCUCCUAAUUUUGAUCAACUUAUCGCUCAACUUUUAGAAAUGGGCUUUCCAAUCGAAAAAUGCAAACAUGCUUUACGAUCUUACAACUACGAAGUUGAUCGUGCAGCAGAUGCACUUCUUACAUCUUUAUAA